GAUCUGUCAAUUCCUCCCAACCUAUGAACCCCAGUGAAGUAGUUGCUGCCAGCUUCUGACAGCAGUGGCACGGGAGAUUUAAAAUUACCACAUUCCGAACAUUUCUCCUCUGAGGCAGCGGGACCUACACCACUCAGGGCGUCUCACCUCAGCCCUACAUCCUCCUGCAAUCCGGCGGGUGUUAAGAUCCAUGGAAGUGGCCGGCUUGUACGAGGAGGGCAGCUUUGCUAUCCACGGUAGAGACAGCAUUAUCAGUCCCAUCGUCGGCAGCUCGUACUGGAAGCUCGGUGACUCGAUGACGGAGCUGGGCAUCGAAGAGCGGGAGAGAGCGAUCGACUUCAGUGUUUACCUGGAUUCCGCUUUGCACUGCCCGCAGCUGGCGGCGCACACGCAGCACCAGGGGGACGUUUUCUCAGAUUUCCUGGCGGAAAACAAGAUCAAAAGAGUCACGGCUUUGCAAAACUACAGGAACUACGGGCUGUUGAACGAGCUGGAGUCGAGUCAGUGCGACAACUUGAGGGACCCCAGGGAGCCCUACGCGCUGGGUUACGCUGAGCUGCAGGAGACCCGCGUGGACAGCGUGCUCAGUCCUGAACUCGUGGGGAUCCGCUACAGAGCCGCCGCCGCCGCCGCCCACGACGCAGCCGACAGAGACGACAGCCAGGAAGACUCAAAGAUGGAGAACGGGUCUUCAGGGUUUGACAUGAGGUCUUACCUUCACUAUCAGUCCACCAGUGGCAGUUUGGGGAACAUUUCCACAGCGUCCUCGACUUGCUCCAGUCCGCCUGGCACACCUGCUCCGUCAGGUAAAGGCAGAUCACCGUCACACGGAGGCAAAACGUCCAGCGGGAAAUCAAAGAAGCGCCUAGACAAGGACAGUGAAGAGUACAGGCAGAGGAGGGAGAGGAACAACCUCGCGGUGAGGAAGAGCAGGGACAAAGCCAAAAUGCGCAACUUGGAGACUCAACACAAAGUGCUGGAACUGGCGGCAGAGAACGAUCGUUUACAAAAGCGCGUGGAGCAGCUGUCCAGAGAGCUGGCCACCCUGCGCAACCUGCUCUCUGCCACCGGACAAUGUUAAAUACACCUCCACCAGGAGACCCCUCUGGGCUGCUGAUGGACUUUAGAGCAGGAGGUGAUUUCACUGUGCUGAAAAUGGGACGCUGCAGGUGAAGACGGCGACCACCAGUUUACAAGGACACUGAAUGAGAUUGAAACAAGUGGGUGCAUGGAUUGCGCAACCAUUCACGACUUUUCACAUGUCACCUUAGCUUUAUUCUCUGAUGUUAUGUUGGUGUACGCAGUAUUUCUGUGCAGGUUUUACAUACAUACCAGUGAAUUUCUACAUUUUGUGUAUCUGCAGCAAUGGCUGUCAAGGGAAGAGUUGUGCUGCAGUGAAAUGAUGCAACUCUUUGUAAUAGUGUUUGCAAUGAAUGAAAUAUGUCUAAUAAUUUAAUAUUCAAAAGUGAAAUGUUUUAAUUGUACUUGAUAUUUUAUUGAAUUAAAUAGAUUUAUACUUUGUUUAAACAA